GAUUCUGGAGGAUUCAGGAUGAUAUUGAAGCACAUGAGGAUUUUGGAGGAUUGAGGAUGAAGCCCGUACGAUUUUAACUUAUAAGAUCUUAUAAGAUUCUUAUAAGAAUCUUAUAAGAUUCUUGUAAAUGAGUAAGAAUCUUAUAAGAUUCUUACAAGUGAGUAAGAAUAUGGUAAGAUUCUUAUAACAUAUUUUCAAGUCAGAAUUUCUUCUGAUAACUUCUUAUUGUUCCUGAGGAAUUCUUAUAAGAGACCAAAGUUUGAGUCAGAAUGUUAAAGAAUUCUUAUAAGAAACCCUUUGAGUAAGAACUUGGCAGGGGGUCUCUAUAAGAAACUUUGUCAGGAAGUAUUAUGUUACAUAAGCUGGCUGCUCAUGGGCCACAAGUAGGUCACAUGACACAGUGACCUUGCAUUCCAGAGAUAAACAGUCAGUGUGGGAAAUUUGAAAUUUGCAGUCAGUAUUAAGUGCAGCAGUGUUGAGUGCACAUAUACUGGCUUGCAACUGAGGACAAAAACUGUACAAAACUGGGUCAAAAUUGUGGAUAUAUUCCCUGACAUGGCCUUUGGACAUGAUUUUUUGUUCAUGUACACACUUAACCUGUACAUGACAUCCAAAAUAAAUGUGUGCUGGACCGAUGUCUGCAUGGAAGUCUCUGGAAAGAUUGCUGUCAAGAAUUGUCAAGAGUCAACGCUCUCAAGCCGUUUGCAAUUGCAAUGUUGUGCACUGCAACUGAUAGAGCAAAAUUGCAAUUACAUGAUUGUGGUGGACGAAAUCCUUACGCAAAGUCUGGAUUGCAUCCACGACAAAGGUCUAACCAUCAAGCAGAAGAAAUCAAGACAUCAUCAAAGCCUGCAUCUCACUGAUCUUGACUACGUGGACGAUCUGGCCCUCACGGCUGAUCAUCUGUGUGAUGCUCAAGACCUGUUAACAUCUCUCGAGAAUGCUGCAGCCAAGGUCGGCCUGUUUCUUAAUGCAAAGAGGACCGAGUACAUGACCAUCAAUGAGGAGAGCCACUACCCAAUAUACACCAGUGACGGCACCCAACUUAAAGAGGUCAGUGAUUUCAGGUACCUUGGGUCCUAUGUUGCCGACAGUAAGAAGGACUUCUUCACUCGCAAAGGAAUAGCUUGGAGUGCCUGUAACAAGCUUCAUAACGUCCGGCAAGUGCCUGUAACAAGCUUCAUAACAUCCGGCAAUCAAGUAUAGCACAAUCAACAAAGCUGGCCUUCUUCAGAGCCUGUGUGGAGAGCAUUCUUCUCUAUGGAGCUGAAACCUGGACCAUGAAGAAAGAAGAUCACCUUGAUGGCACAUACACCAUGCUUCUAAGAGGGUGGAGAACAUCUCAUGGUUUGAGCACAGGACUAUAGAACAGAUUUACGGAGACAUUCCACCUACAUCUCUGCUAUUGUUGCUCAACGACGAGUUCGCUUUGCUGGCCACUGCUGCCGUGCUGUAAACCAGGACAUAUGAUCUGAUGUAUUAUGUUGGAGACGUCCAUGCCGCAGAGAACAAAGACCCUUCACUACAUUAAGUAUCCAGCAAUCGAGGACGCCUAUUGUCUCUUUUUUGUUUGUACUCUGACUUUUCAGGGAGACCUAUCUCCCACAUGUUUUGUACACGAUUGUAAAUAUGGGACCUCUCGGGAAUUGGGGACCCUAUUGUCCUCUAUUGUUCAACAUCCCAUACUGAAUGCAAAAACGAACUCAUGUACAUGUAUGUAUGUUGGAAGAUGUUAAGUACCUUUUUUGGAAUACAUUGUAUUUUAUAAAUCAGAUGACUGGUUCUGAUCACUUUAUUUAACGUGUGGUAAAACCAAACGAAAAUAAUUAUUGUAUUUCAACUUUUCCUCUGAAAGCUGUUAAUUAUAUGAUCAGUUUCAUGUGUUGUUUUGUCCUGAAACAAACUGUAAGUAUUAAAUUAACUCUUUUAGCCUA